AUGACCCCUCGUCGCAGUCGCAAUGGGAUCCCCAGCUCCGCACUGCUGAUUGCGGCCAAUAUCUUGAUUCCUGCUGCCAUUCUGAUCUUCGCGACUGGCUUUUUCCCCUACAAACCGCUACUCCCAGGCCUGGCCAACUACGAGUCCGUGACCGGAUACGGUGAUCCACCGCCGGCGCCCUUUGACAAGCUCAUCUUCAUGGUGAUUGAUGCCCUGCGAAGUGAUUUUGUAUAUACAGCCGCCAGUGGUUUCGAAUACACACAAUCGCUGGUCCGCGAUGGCGCUGCUCUCCCUUUUACAGCUCACGCCACCUCUCCGACCGUCACUAUGCCCCGGCUUAAGGCAAUCACAACCGGAUCGAUCCCCUCGUUCCUUGACGUGGUACUCAACCUGGACGAAGGCGAUGAGAGUUCAAGCCUUGCGUCACAGGACACUUGGCUGGCACAGAUGAGGGCGAAGCAGACGGGGAAGCUAAUCAUGUACGGAGAUGAUACGUGGUUGAAGCUUUUCCCGGGUACGUUUGACCGGGCUGAUGGGACGACGAGCUUUUUUGUUUCGGACUUUACCGAGGUGGACAACAAUGUUACGAGACACAUAUCGGAGGAGCUAAAGAGCAACGAUUGGAACACCAUGGUCCUACACUAUCUCGGCCUGGAUCACAUUGGCCAUAAGGGAGGACCGAGGAGUCCCCACAUGAUUGUCAAACAGCGCGAAAUGGACAAUAUCGUGCAACAGAUUUACAGCGCCAUAGAAACGGAGGAGCACCUCCGCUCAACGCUGUUCGUGGUUUGCGGUGACCAUGGUAUGAAUGAUGCCGGCAAUCACGGAGCCUCAUCAGCCGGGGAAACAUCCGCAGCCUUAGUGUUCAUGUCGCCAAAGCUGAGAGACCUCAGGAAAAAUCUGUCGUCCCCCGUGCCGGAAGACGAGAGCUUCCAGUAUUAUAGCACCGUGGAGCAGUCCGAUCUGGCCCCGACGCUGGCUGCACUGUUAGGGUUCCCAGUACCAAAGAACAAUCUGGGCGCGUUGAUCCCAGAUUUUCUGCCGUUCUGGUCAAACGAAAAAGACCAGGUCCAGCUCCUCAUGAGAAACGCCCGCCAGAUCCUAGAUAUUGUUGUCGCCACCUUUGGUCAGCAAAUCCUCGAGCCAAAUUCAAACGUGGAAGCGGUGAAAGAUUCCAAUGCGGAUUAUCUUGAGUUGGCGCGGGGAUGGCAGGCCUUGGCCGACCGCUAUAGCAAAACUGUGGACGACGGCAAUUAUUCCCAGUUGAUACCCUCGAUUACGCAGUGGCUUCACAAGGCUCAGGGCCUCAUAAGCGGCAUGGCUAGCAACUACGACAUGUCAAGGCUGUUCUUGGGACAAGCAACUGCCGUGGCGGCUGUGGUUGCCGCAUUUACCGCAGUGUAUUACAGCAUCAACGACAAAGCUGUUGCGUUCGUCCCAUUGGGUGGCAUAAUCCUCCUCUAUGGGAUCAUGAUGUUUGCGAGCAGCUACGUCGAGGAAGAGCACCACUUUUGGUACUGGGCGGCGACGGCAUGGUUCAGCUAUCUUGGGUUGAGCGUGUUCAAGCGGGGUAACACCUCCGCGACUCUCUCCAUUGUCAUGCUCCUCGCCAUACGCAUCGUCAGAAGCUGGAACCAAACCGGCCAAAAAUUUGCUGGCGAGCCUGAUAUGGUCAAGAUAUACCUGCAUCCUAACCCAGUUUUGCUCUGGUGUUUGGCUGGUGCCACGUAUUUCUGGGUGCACCAAAACCUGAUCUUUGGUCUCAGUGCUUUGCCCAUCUGGUUCAGGUUCACCGUUGCGACGGGGCUGGUACUGGCGGCGUUCACGUUCAAGGUGGCCUUCACGCUGGAGGAUGCCCCGGAGCUGGUGACGGAUUUUGCGAGACAGCUGUUGUUAUUGACCUUUACCCAGACAGCGGACCUCGUGUCGCGGGCGAGGGCCGUGUUUAUAGGCGUUGGACUGGGCAUGGGAGGCGUGGUGGCAUUUAUGCUUGCCAGACAGAGAAUUUCCUGGGUUCAAUCUGGGACAUCCACCAUCCUGACCCUCCUAACGCUCCUUCUCAUUACCCAAUCCCGCGCGACCAACAUCCCCCUUUUCCUCCUCCUCAACCUCCAGUUCCGCAUCUUGCUUUCCCAAAUUGAGUCCCUCACCCCUCUAGAAGUAGCCAUAUCUACGCUUCUCCUCCAGCACGCCUCCUUCUUCGCCUUUGGCGGAUCAAAUGCAGUCUCUUCUGUCGACCUCUCCAGCGCGUAUAACGGUAUCGGGACGUAUGACCCCUUCACGGUAGGUAUUCUUACAUUUACGGGGAAUUGGGCGGGAUCUAUCUGGUGGGCUGUUGCAGGUGUGAUACUAUUACAGUCCCAGAGGGGGCACGGACGGGAACCAGGGCUCUGGAAGGGACAUGUCGCCGUCUUGACGUUGUUUGUGGCGGGGUCUGUGGCGGCGGUCAUGGCAGCCUGUACCGCCCUCCGGACGCACUUGUUUAUCUGGACGGUGUUUUCGCCGAAGUAUUUAUACUGUGUUGCGUGGAGCUUGGGACAGCAUUUGCUGGUUAAUGUCGGGAUUGGAGGGCUGGUGUAUGGCCUUGGGGUGUGGGAAAGGCAGAGGAAAUAG